AUGGUGGCCUCCACAUCCUCGAUCCGCUCCUCUCUCCUCUCCUCCCCUAAGCUCUCUGCCCCCCAGCUCUCCGGCUCGGUCUCCAGCCAUUGUGCCAUCCUCUCCAUUGGCGACUGCAAGCUUGACCUCCCCUCCCUCGCAUCUCCGUCGAUCUCCCUGCGGUCCGCUCAAAAUCGCUCGAGUAUCUCCACGAGCGCCGUGCUGGUGAUGGAGGGAGCGCCGCAGAAGACGGUUUCCAGAGUUUCCACGAUCGUGGAGGUCGAUCUUGGGAACCAGAGCUACCCGAUCUACAUCGGCUUUGUCUGCUCGAUGAACCCGAUCUUCUCUAGAGUUGAGAGUUUGAUUUUACCUAGCAGGGAAGCAUACAAGGACAUGGUUGGUCAUUUGGAAAAACCUGUUCGUCUUUCUUUUGAUCCUUACAAUCGUGUUUUAAGCAUUGUAAACCAGUUAUUGGUUGGGUUUUGA